AUGGCCUCUCCCGCUCCUCCAACCGCUCAGCCAGCAAACAAUGCGGUGUACCCUCGAAGCCAUGUUGGUUUCGAUAGUAUUACUUCGCAAAUCGAGAGGAAGUUGCUGAAGCGUGGUUUUCAGUUCAACGUCAUGUGUGUUGGCCAAACUGGACUCGGAAAAUCGACCUUGAUUAAUACUAUCUUUGCCUCGCAUUUAAUCGAUUCCAAGGGUCGUUUGGCACCAGAUGAGCCUGUCCGCUCCACCACGGAAAUCCAAACCGUUUCGCAUAUUAUCGAGGAAAAUGGCGUGCGAUUGCGACUAAAUAUUGUCGAUACCCCCGGCUAUGGUGAUCAAGUCAACAACGAUAGAUGCUGGGAUCCAAUUGUCAAGUACAUCAAAGACCAACACUCUGCUUUCCUGCGAAAGGAGCUUACUGCACAGCGAGAACGCUACAUUCAGGACACUCGGAUUCAUUGCUGCCUGUUUUUUAUUCAACCCUCAGGACACGCUUUGAAACCAAUUGAUAUCGUCGUACUCAAGAAACUUUCAGAUGUCGUCAACGUUGUUCCGGUUAUUGCCAAAUCAGACUCUCUGACCCUAGAAGAGCGCUCCGCGUUCAAAGAAAGAAUCAAGGAAGAAUUCGCAUUCCACAACCUCAAGAUGUACCCAUAUGACAAUGACGAAUUGGAUGAUGAAGAACGCGCAGUCAAUGCUCAAAUUAAGGACAUCAUACCAUUUGCCGUUGUUGGAAGCGAAAAAUCAAUCAUCGUUAACGGCAAACAAGUCCGUGGCCGCCAGAAUCGCUGGGGCGUGAUUAACGUCGAGGACGAGAACCACUGCGAAUUUGUCUACCUCCGCAAUUUCCUUACCCGCACUCACCUCCAGGAUUUGAUCGAGACGACAAGCCAGAUCCAUUACGAGACAUUCCGUGCUAAGCAAUUGCUUGCGCUGAAGGAGAGCAGUGGAACUGGACACGGUAGCCGGCCGAUAAGCCCCUCGGCGGAACGGGAGCUAAGCCGCAACUCACAAAGAAUGACAAUGAAUGGUUACUAA